GAUAUGACAAGUGAUGGUGCUGUUACGUUUUGGAUAUUUUUGCUUUGUUUAAUCGGCUCACCGCAGCUGGAGGGCAGCGAGGCAGGGCGGCCGGAUGAGCUGCACAUAGGCGGCAUAUUUCCCAUAAACGGCAAAGGAGGAUGGCAGGGUGGGCAGGCGUGCAUGCCGGCCGCAAGACUGGCAUUGGAUGAUGUCAACAAGGAGCCAAAUCUGCUGCCAGGCUUCAAGCUCAUCCUGCACAGCAAUGACAGCGAGUGUGAGCCCGGUUUGGGCGCCAGCGUGAUGUACAAUCUACUUUAUAACAAGCCACAAAAGCUGAUGCUGCUGGCGGGAUGCAGCACAGUGUGCACCACUGUGGCAGAGGCAGCCAAAAUGUGGAAUCUAAUUGUGCUUUGUUAUGGCGCUUCGAGUCCUGCGCUAUCCGAUCGCAAGCGUUUUCCAACACUGUUUCGCACACAUCCUUCGGCCACGGUGCACAAUCCAACACGCAUCAAGCUGAUGAAAAAAUUUGGCUGGUCCCGUGUGGCUAUUUUGCAGCAGGCCGAGGAGGUAUUCAUAUCGACCGUAGAGGAUCUCGAGAAUCGUUGCAUGGAAGCUGGCGUCGAAAUCGUAACUAGACAAUCAUUUCUAUCCGAUCCAACAGACGCCGUGCGUAAUUUAAGACGUCAGGAUGCCCGAAUCAUUGUGGGCCUCUUCUAUGUGGUGGCAGCGAGACGAGUUCUCUGCGAGAUGUACAAACAGCAGCUUUAUGGACGUGCACACGUCUGGUUCUUUAUAGGGUGGUACGAGGAUAACUGGUAUGAGGCGAAUCUGGAAGCUGAGGGCAUUACCUGCACUGUAGAGCAAAUGAGAAUAGCUGCCGAAGGACAUCUCACAACAGAGGCGCUAAUGUGGAAUCAGAACAAUCAGACAACAAUUUCCGGCAUGACUGCCGAUGAGUUUCGACAUCGCCUGAAUCAAGCUUUAAUUGAUGAUGGCUAUGACAUUAAUCACGAUCGAUAUCCGGAGGGUUAUCAGGAGGCACCGCUGGCCUAUGAUGCUGUCUGGAGCGUGGCACUAGCUUUCAACAAGACAAUGGAACGUGUAACAUCUAGAAAGAAGUCGCUUAGGGACUUCACCUACACGGACAAGGAAAUUGCCGAUGAUAUCUAUGCAGCCAUGAACUCUACACAGUUUCUAGGCGUAUCGGGCGUGGUGGCAUUCAGCUCACAGGGCGACCGUAUUGCGUUAACACAAAUCGAACAGAUGGUAAAUGGCAAAUACGAAAAGUUGGGAUAUUACGACACCCAACUGGAUAAUCUCACUUGGCUGAAUACGGAGCAAUGGAUCGGUGGCAAGGUUCCUCAAGAUCGCACUAUAGUCACGCAUGUCCUGCGUACGGUAUCCCUGCCUUUAUUCAUCUGUAUGGGCACCAUCUCCAGCUGUGGAAUCUUCGUUGCAUUUGCUCUGAUCAUCUUUAACAUAUGGAAUAAGCAUCGAAGAGUUAUACAAUCUUCACAUCCUGUUUGCAACACCAUUAUGCUCUUCGGUGUUAUCAUCUGCCUAAUCUCAGUCAUAUUGCUAGGCAUAGACGGCCGCUUUGUCAGUCCGCACGAAUAUCCAAAGAUUUGUCAAGCUCGAGCUUGGUUAUUAUCCACCGGUUUUACACUAGCAUAUGGUGCUAUGUUCAGCAAAGUCUGGCGAGUGCAUCGAUUUACAACAAAAGCGAAAACUGACCCGAAGAAAAAAGUGGAACCUUGGAAGCUAUACACCAUGGUUUCGGGGCUCUUAUCAAUAGAUUUAGUGAUAUUACUGUCUUGGCAGAUCUUUGAUCCGCUGCAGCGUAUACUCGAAACAUUCCCACUCGAAGAUCCAGUAUCUACAACUGAUGAUAUUAAAAUACGUCCAGAGCUUGAGCAUUGCGAAAGUGAACGCAAUUCCAUGUGGUUAGGACUCGUGUACGGUUUUAAGGGUCUAAUACUCGUAUUUGGCCUGUUCUUGGCCUAUGAGACACGUUCGAUUAAAGUGAAACAGAUCAAUGACUCGCGUUAUGUGGGCAUGAGUAUCUAUAAUGUGGUUGUGCUGUGCCUCAUAACAGCUCCAGUGGGCAUGGUCAUUGCUUCGCAGCAGGACGCGUCAUUCGCAUUUGUUGCACUAGCUGUGAUAUUCUGUUGUUUCCUAAGCAUGCUACUGAUAUUUGUGCCAAAGGUCAUUGAGGUAAUACGACAUCCCAAAGAUAAGGCCGAAUCAAAAUACAAUCCAGACUCGGCCAUAUCAAAGGAAGACGAGGAACGCUAUCAAAAAUUGGUAACCGAAAACGAGGAACUACAACGAUUGAUAACACAAAAAGAGGAAAAGAUACGAGUUCUAAGACAGCGGCUUGUCGAGCGGGACGUCAAUACGAAGAGCACAGAACUGAAUGGCGCAUCGGGCGUCUGUGGCGGAACAGCAACAACCUCGCUUGGUAUUCAGCCACCGCCUGCUUCAAUCAUCAACACAACCGCUUCCGCACAUCCCACGCCAUCAGCCACACUCGCAAUCACACAAGAUACUCAUGAGCACCGUACAUGAAAAAACUUGUCAAUUUCCUUUGCGUGAUAGGUGAAUUAUACAAAAAUGAAGAUGCUAAUAAUAAAUAUUAACAAUAUAUAUGUAUGUUUUUGAAAAAAAAAAACUUUGUAUCAACUUUAAGCUGAGCUAAAUAUGAAAAUUGGUAGCAGCAAUUUUGUAGAAUAACUGAAAUAUGUAUUGUACCUUAAACGUGUUUAGCAAGUACUUGAAAACGAAAUACUUUUAACUUAUUAAUAAACAAAUAUUAACGACAUUAGAAUGUGAA